AUGGCUGUGAAAAAGAACAAAAACGUUGCAAAGAAUGAGAAUGAGGAUCCAUUAGUACAGAAGGAUGAUAUCUCAUCUAUUCAUGCCAGAAUUAAGAUUUUCGAGACACCGUUUGCCACUCAAGUGUUGAAUCCAAAAGCGAAUGAAUUCUGUGCCAACUGUCUUCGCGGACCUGCUCCUGGAGAAAAACUUCUUCGGUGUGGAGGAUGUAACUUCUCAAUGUACUGUAGCAAAGACUGCCAAGCAAUUGCCUGGCUGGUUCAUAAACCAGAGUGUAAAAGAUUGAAAGCGAGUUUCCCGAAUCUUCCACUCACCGAGGUUCUUUUCCUUUCGAAAGUAAUUGAUCGUAUUCAAUUUCUCGAGAAGAAUGGAGAUAAAUUGGGAGUGGAAGCAGAGAGAACGUUUUCGAGUUUGGUUGACCAUAAAAAAGAUAUCAGAGAAGACGAAGAAAAGAUGAAACAUUUUGAGAAAAUCUUUGUGAAAAUGGGAAAUUUCCGUAAGGAUGAUAUGAUUGAGAAAGGACAUUUUUUCGAUGUUUUCUGUAAAGCAUCCAUCAACUCGCACAGUAUUCAUACAAAUGCCGGAAAUGAAGUUGGAAUGGCUUUGGAUUUGGGUGUAUCGAAAUACAAUCACUCGUGUCGUCCAACUUGUUCGAUGGUUUUCGAUGGAUACCGUGUCUGUCUUCGUCCUCUGGUUCCAGGUGUUGAUGCUGAAAACACUGAGCAAGCGUUCAUUUCAUACAUUGAUGUUGGAAGAAGUAAAUUUGUAAGGAGAAGAGAUCUCAAAUCAAGAUGGUACUUCGAUUGUGAAUGCACGAGAUGUAUGGAUCCAGAGGAUGACUCGUUGACUGCUAUCAAAUGUGCUAAUCCGGCAUGUGAUGCUCCAAUUCUGACAUCCGAAACUGAGGAGCCAAUGAAUAUUGCAUGUGAUAAAUGCAAAACUGUUGUCGAGGAGAGUACUGUAAAAGCAGCUCAAGAGUACAUGAAAAGCCUUCCAGCUUCAUUUGACCCACAGUGUCCAGCUGAUAUUGUGAGUUUUAAAUUUGAUUUUGAAAAAUGA